CUACGAGAGCCAAGUCAGCAAGAACCGAACGCAGAAACAAAACCAGAGAUUUCGUUAUCCACUGAAGUUCGUUUGCUUCUGUCAAAUUUGCCAAAUCGUCAAUUUUUUCGAGCUUAACCAAAAAAAGAUGGCAGCUUCUUCUCCAUCUCUCCUUCUACCACUAGGUUCAGUAUCUAGAAAUGGUCUAGCCAUCAAGAAUCCAUAUUCAUCAAGAUAUAUAGUUGCAAGAGUCAUAGCUUCAGAAACAAGAGAGCAAAGCUGUAAAAUCAAUAGUCUCUCUAGCCGUAGAGAAGCAAUGCUAUUGGUACUCGGCGUGUCAGGAGGAUUAUCAUUUAGCUCACUUGCGGCUUAUGCAGCCGGUUUACCUCCAGAAGAUAAACCGAGACUCUGUGAAGCCGAAUGCGAGAAAGAGCUUGAAAAUGUUCCAAUGGUAACCACAGAAUCAGGGCUUCAGUAUAAGGAUAUCAAAGUCGGUACAGGCCCUAGUCCCCCGGUUGGUUUUCAGGUUGCUGCUAAUUAUGUGGCUAUGGUUCCAUCAGGGCAAAUAUUCGACAGUUCUCUGGAGAAAGGUCUACCGUAUCUGUUUCGUGUUGGGUCUGGCCAGGUGAUCAAGGGACUUGAUGAAGGAAUCUUGAGUAUGAAAGCUGGUGGCAAACGUAGACUCUACAUUCCAGGGCCUUUGGCCUUUCCAAAGGGUCUAACUUCAGCUCCAGGGAGGCCGAGAGUUGCACCAAACAGUCCGGUCGUAUUUGACGUUAGCUUAGAGUUCAUUCCAGGUCUCGAUUCAGAGGAAGAGUGAAACUCUGUUUUCAAGUGCAAAAUGUAAUCUUCAAUACACACACAAUUACAAGAUUCUAUGGGUGAUAUUUAUCUCAUUGUACUUCAUUCAUUGAAGAACAUCACAUUGAUUAGAAACGUCAGCAUUUUUCAGUUC